UUCCAAUGUUUCCCAGAUUUGCUUAUUUUUAGUGUUUUUCUCUCUGUCCAUAUCCCAACAGGUCGUUGCACUUUCCUCAUUUUGAUCUACCACAUAAGUAAGUAAAAAUUAGAAAUGGAAAUGAAGGAUAAUCCUGUUGAAUUAGAAACAACACCACCCACUCCCAAUUUAUAUGAAUCAGUUGUUCUUGGUGGAACUUUUGAUAGAUUGCAUGGUGGACAUCAUCUCUUUCUUAACGCAGCAGCUGAAUUAGCUAGCAAUCGAGUUGUGGUUGGUGUUUGUGAUGGACCCAUGUUAAGUAAGAAACAGUUUGCACAUCUAAUAGAACCCAUCGAAAUCAGGAUGCGAAAUGUUGAAGACUACAUCAAGUCUAUUAAACCCGAGCUGACGGUUCAAGUUGAACCAAUCGAGGAUCCUUAUGGGCCUUCAAUCGAAGAUGAAAAUUUGGAUGCUAUUGUAGUCAGCAAGGAGACGCUACCAGGUGGAUUAUCAGUUAACAGGAAGAGAGACGAGAAAGGCCUUCGACAAUUGAAGGUCGAAGUAGUAGAUCUACUCGCUGAAGAAUCCACUGGUGAAAAGUUAAGUUCCACAACACUAAGAAAAAUCGAGGAUGAGAAGGCCAAACAACAACCGGAACCUACAAAUUAGAGACAGGUUCAAGACAAUACAAAAGCUUAUUUCUACAUUAUUCUUUAUCUUCUUGUUGUGGUGCAUAUUGUGAACCAGUUACUUAAACGGUUUGAUCUAUCCAAGAGCUUCAGUUAUGCUUAUC